GGCGGUGGAGGUGUUAAAUCCCUGAGAAUGUGGUUGAGGUUUUAUGACAUAAUUUGCUUAUUAUUAUUAUUAAGUACGAAAUCAAUGUUGGAUCAAUCCGAGGAAUGAACAAGAAUUCAGGGUAAUCUUCACACUCUCCCCCUUUUCCACCGCAGUCCACUCCACACCACUUCUCCCUCCUAACUCCUACCAAAUCAUCUUCUCAAACCUUCCUCAAGGUUGCUCUUUUCUCAAACACCUUACGCUUGUGAACAUUUUAUUGAUUUAUAGUUAUGGGGGGACAAAUUAUGGCUUCAGGGAAUGGCCUUACUUGCUUCCACCAAUUAUAUACUCCACUUAGUUGUAUGCGUGGUUUCCAGCAUUUUCACCAUUCUUUACAUCCUCAUUCAGCUCUGAAUUUUAGCCAAAAGUAUCCCCCUUGUGAGGUUUACAUGGUUUCUAUGUGGGUACCCAAGUCCAAGAUUCCUAGGACAAGUUUCAUAACCGGGUGCAUAAGGGUGAAUAAUUCACUUCUUGUUCGGAAUAGAGUUUCUACUAUUGAGAGUGAAGAAGAGGACAGUGAUGAAUUGAACCCAAGUGAGAAAUUGGGAUUUGAAGUUGAACAGAAAUUACCUCCUUGGGGAAAGUUAGGGACUUUCAAAGAUUUAGAUUCAGAACCUGGUGAUUUAAAGGAGCCCAGGUCAGUUUCUGAAGGAAAGGUUAUGUUGAAUGUAAAAAGAGUUCAUUUUUUGGAGGAAACUGAUGAAGAAACUUUGUCAAAGCGAAUUUUGGUGCUUAGUAGGACCAACAAGAUCAGAAGUGCAUUGGAAUUGCUCAGGUCCAUGGAAUUAUCGAGCCUGUGUCCGAACUUACAUGCCUGCAAUUCAGUUUUAUCUUGUCUCUUGAGGAAUGGGUUACUAGAUGAUGGCCUUAGAGUGUUUGAGUUCAUGAAGACAAAGAAUAUGACCACAGGACAUACUUAUAGCUUGAUACUAAAAGCUGUUGCUGGUGCUAGAGGAUCUGAUGCUGCCCUUCAAAUGUUUAGUGAAAUAGAAGGAGAUUGCCAAGCUAUGAAUAGUUUUGAUACAAUUGUUUACAAUACAAUGAUAUCAGUUUGUGGUAGAGUGAACAACUGGUUUGAAACACUGAGAUUAUGGAGAAGUAUGAAAGAAAAUCAUCAUAGUGAAACAAGGGUAACUUACAGUCUCUUAGUUACCAUUUUUGUUCGAUGUAAUCAGAAUGAACUAGCCUUUGAUGCUUACUGUGAGAUGCUUCAAAGAAAAUUUGAACCAGGUAGUGACACAAUGCAAGCUAUAAUUGGUGCUUGUGCAAAAGAAGGAAAAUGGGAUUUUGCAUUGAAUGUUUUCCAAAACAUGUUGAAGAGAAAUGUCAAGCCAAAUCCCAUUUCAUGCAAUGCACUCAUUAAUUCACUUGGGAAAGCUGGGGAGGUCAAACUAGCAUUUGGGGUGUAUGAUAUUAUGAAAUCUUUAGGCCAUUCACCGGAUGCAUAUACAUGGAAUGCAUUACUUAGUGCACUCUACAGGGUGAAUCGACAUGAUGAUGCUCUUCAGCUCUUCGAGAACAUCAAGCAAGAGAAAGAUUCUCAGUUGAAUUCGCAUUUGUAUGAUGUGGCUUUGAUGUCUUGCUCGAAGCUUGGUUUAUGGGAGAGAGCUUUGCAGCUUUUGUGGCAAAUGGAAACUAAUGGAGUCUCAGUUUCAACUGCAUCAUAUAAUCUUGUUAUUAGUGCUUGUGAGACAGCAAGGAAGGCUGAUAUUGCAGUGCAAGUGUACGAUCACAUGGUUCACCAGAAGUGCAUCCCAGACACAUUAACUCAACUUUCCAUAGUUAGAGUUUGCAUUUGGGGUUCUCUCUGGGAUGAGGUAGAGGAUAUCCUGAAACAGGCUGCACCAAACGCAUCCCUCUACAAUGCAGCCAUUCAAGGAAUGUGUUUAAGAGGCGAGAUCAAUUUAGCGAAAAAGCUUUAUGCAAAUAUGCGCAGCUGCAACCUUCAACCAGAUGGGAAAACAAGGAAUUUGAUGCUUCAAAAUUUGAGGAAAAAAAGCUCAGUUAGAUACAAAUCUAGACGAGCUUUUCCUCACCGAAAGAAGGCGAAAUUUUCUUUGAUGUCAUUGUGAGUGUAACCAAACAUCACAAAGCAGAGAAAGCAAAUUAAUGGAGUCUCAGUUUCAACUGCAUCAUAUAAUCUCGUCGUUGGGAUUUGAAUCGAGUGCUAAGUUGUAUGACAUGAUGUGGUUUAAUCAUACAGGACAAGACCCACCGCUUUAUGGCAUUGGACUGUCUUCAUCGAGUUUUGAGGUUUUACCUGAGUGUCCAUGCCACAAAUCAGGCUUCGAAUCGUAUAUGGGACCACUUAGACAGUGUAACUCCCAAACUAUUGACUGUUCUGCGAAAAGGAAUGCUUACCCAGGAUGUCCAACAUGAUAAACUUGUGGAGUUCUGUGUGACCAUAGCAGAAUACAAUCUUGAUUAUGCCAUCAAUCAUAUGAUUUUAGAACCGCUUAAGCAAGAUAGUCUUAGUGAAGCAAAGGUCACGAUAUUGGUCACUAUAUUCCAAAGGUGAAGGCCGCCAUUGAGUCAAUUUCGCGGUCUUGCCAUAAAUCCUAUAGUCAGGCACUUCUAACUUCUUCAAAGACUGCUAUAGAUGCUGUUACAAAAAUAUAAUCUCAUCUCUUCCAGUCUGCGCUAAAGUGCAUAUCAUAUCUUAUUGAAGAGGUUGGCCGAAGUGAUAAAAUUGCAGAAAUAAUUCCUCAACAUGGCAUAAGUAUCGAUCCCAUUGUUCGUGAGGAAGCAGUGCAAGUACUUACCUGGAUUUUAAGAUAUCUUCCUCACCGUCGAUUUGCAGAGAGGGAUGGCGAACUUUAUUCUGCGGCUACCUGAUGAGUUCCCUCAUCUAAUUCAAAUGUCACUUGGGCGGUUGUUGGAACUAAUGCGUUUUUGGAGAGCCCGUGUAAUUGAUGAUAUGUUAGACUAUGACACUCAAAAUGCAAAGUGCGUGGGACAGGUUAACAAGGGAUUCAAAAGAUCUUCUUUCCAUCGAUCGGGGGAACCUAUUGAAUUUCGUGCAUCUGAGAUAGAUGCUGUUGGUCCCAUCUUCCUUGGUUCUGUGGAAAGUCAAAUUAGAGAUUCGGCAUUGGAAUUUGGAACUACUACGAUGUGUUCGUGCUUUAAGGAAUGAUGUGCGUGAACUUUCAUCUCGUGGGCUGGCAGACUAUACUUUAAAAUAUGGAGCCAGACCAAUCUUUAUAAAAUAUGUCCUUGAGGAGCAUGGGGAUGACAUUGUUCAGAGCUGUUAUUGGGAUUCUGGGUGUCCAUUUGAUUUAAGAUGAGGAUCUGAUGCAAUCCCUCCUGAUGCGACAUUUCAGUCUAUAAUAUUUGAGAGCCCUGCUAAGAAUAGGUGGGUUCGUUGUCUUUGUGAGCUUGUCAAAUAUGCUGCAGAGCUUUGCCCAAGUUCUGUUCAGGAGGCAAAGUAAGUAUAUAUUUAUAAAGUUUGCACACAAGCUUGGCUUGUUAUCUUUGCUCUUCAUAUCUGGGGAUGCUGAAAAACAGUGGCUUUCUGUCAGAGAUUUUUUUAGCUUGCCAUAGCUUCCUUAUUCCUAACAAUUGAAACUUCUGGGAUGAUUAGUAUAAAACUGCACUAAAAGUGCAGAGCAUGGUUAUUAUAAAGGUGUUUGGUUUCAUCCUAGGCAUGUUUAGUCCAAUGCUGAGCGUUUUGUUGAAAAAACAAAAUUAAAAGCGUUUGGGACAGCUGUAACACCUGCACCCCUCGGAUCAAAUGAAUCUUGAAUACCCGCCCGAGAAGUGGCUCUGCAGAACAUUCGUCUUACCCUCCGGCGUGUGCUUGAUACCUGUGCUUUAGGGAGAAGAAGGGAAUACCCAAGGCUGGUACCUUUUGUUACUAAUAUUGGUCACCCAUAAAACCUGCAUUGCCAACUUCUAAUGAUUUAUGUUGGUGGAUCAAAUAUAACCCAGUUUUGGCAAAUGUGUGUUCUUGGGGUAAAACCAGGUUGAAUUUGUAUAUCUUGUAUCUCUUAUUUUCAUUAGACUUUUGUAAUCUAUGAGCUUCUAUUAACUAUGAAAUUCCUUGCCAUUUGUUGUUCA